AUGACAGAUUCCAUUCAAUUGUCUGCUGACAAUCUGCUGUCAGAUUAUAUUGACUUAUCAAGCAAUAGACUAGAACCCAACAUGGAAGAUGUACCAGUGCCCUCAGAGAAUACAUUUGAUGUGACAUUACCAGCAACACAUUCUUAUUUAGGACAAAAUUUGGAGGAAUUGAGGGGAAGGACUAUACUGGAUGAUGGCAUUUAUAUGAAUCUACCAUUAUUAGUAAAGCAGUCUGUAUUAUUCCCCGGACAAACUUUACCCAUGACAGUCUUUGGCACACAGACUAUAGAGAUGCUACAAACUUGUAUACAAAAUGAUCGUACUUUCGGUGUCGUGUGUUACGGUCAUUCCGAGAUGGAGCGGAUAGGAACGACUGCUGAAAUUUACGAAUAUACGGAUGGAGGUAUAUGGUUGGAUCAUGGUCGGCGAGAAUUUCGUUUAAAAGCCAAAGGCAGGCAACGCUUUAAGAUAUUACGUGUUAUCACACAGGACAACAAUAAAAUUUCGGCCAAUGUUAAAGUAUUACCGGAGAUAACGCUUCAACCACCGUUUUUGGACCAACGCUUGGCUUCAUUAGAUCACUUGAGAAUUGCUAUCGAUUCUGAAGAAGAUAUGAAAAAGCAGGAAAGAAUAGAAAACAAGGAUGCUGCAGUAACUGCUUGGCCAGCUUGGGUUUAUAGGCAGUACGAUCCUGUAAGACUGUCUUUCAGGAUACGUCAGCAUCUGCAAUUUCUUGAGACUAGAGGUGGUAGCGUGCCCAAAGAUCCCAUAGAUUUAUCCUUUUGGGUUGCACAAAAUAUCCUAAUGGAUCACAAUGAAAGACUUACGCUAUUAACUUAUGACUGUGCUAUUUCUCGAUUGCAAAGAGAAAUGAAAUAUCUCGUAGAGGAUAAGAUAUACGUAUGCGUCAAUUGUGAAUCCUUCAUUGGGAGACAGUCACACAUGUUUCCGAUGAAUAAAGAAGGUCCACAGGGUACUUAUGUCAAUCCCGGUGGUGUUAUACACGAAACUAUAACGUUUUAUCAUGUUCAAGGCGUCGUACUUAACAAUUCGGAUCCCUCGACUGAGUAUAGCUGGUUUCCAGGAUAUGCUUGGACAAUAGCUAUCUGUAAAGGCUGUCGUCAUCAUGUCGGUUGGAAGUUCACGGCAGUGCAAAGUAAUUUAAGGCCCAAAGAAUUUUGGGGUUUGACACGCAGCAGUUUGAAGAAUAAAGAUCUAAAAGUUAAGAAGAAGAAAUAAAAAAAAGGGAUAAAAAAAUGGAUGUACACUAGGCAUUGUAAAUGUUAGCAGUUAUUAGAUAUUUUUCAAAGCGGUGCGUCAUGUUGAUGUAUAUUACAAUCGGUACAUUAUUUUGAGAGGUAAUCGAUAAUCAGUUUGCAUACCAAAAGAUUAUAUUUUAUAAAAGUGAUUUUUUUUUUAUACGAGAUAGUCUCCAACUCGAGAAAAUCGUUCAGCGCAUUUUUAUAAAGACGAAGAUAAAUAAGAAUUCUUUAAAAUAUGAGAUAUAAUGUAAAAUAUACUUGCUAUAUAUAUUUUUGUUUAGUUUAACUUUUAUCCUUGAUUUGAAAACGCAAGCGAGCCAAAUCUUGAUUUUCCAUUUCGUUUGGAUGGUAUGUGUGUAAUAUUUCAAUUGUAUGCACAUUUUCAUUUUUCUAUUUACAUAUGGCUAAGUAGUAAAUAUAACAUAGUGAAAAAGCAGCGCAAAAGAGACGAUUUCUUCGGUAAGGGAGGUUAAAAGUAUACUAAGAAUGUAAAAAAAUAAAAAUAAAAAUAGGGACUGUGAC